CCCCCACCCCCCCCCCCCCCCACCCCCCCCCCCCCCCACCCCCCCCCCCCCCCACCCCCCCCCCCCCCCACCCCCCCCCCCCCCCACCCCCCCCCCCCCCCACCCCCCCCCCCCCCCACCCCCCCCCCCCCCCACCCCCCCCCCCCCCCACCCCCCCCCCCCCCCACCCCCCCCCCCCCCCACCCCCCCCCCCCCCCACCCCCCCCCCCCCCCACCCCCCCCCCCCCCCACCCCCCCCCCCCCCCACCCCCCCCCCCCCCCACCCCCCCCCCCCCCCACCCCCCCCCCCCCCCACCCCCCCCCCCCCCCACCCCCCCCCCCCCCCACCCCCCCCCCCCCCCACCCCCCCCCCCCCCCACCCCCCCCCCCCCCCACCCCCCCCCCCCCCCACCCCCCCCCCCCCCCACCCCCCCCCCCCCCCACCCCCCCCCCCCCCCACCCCCCCCCCCCCCCACCCCCCCCCCCCCCCACCCCCCCCCCCCCCCACCCCCCCCCCCCCCCACCCCCCCCCCCCCCCACCCCCCCCCCCCCCCACCCCCCCCCCCCCCCACCCCCCCCCCCCCCCACCCCCCCCCCCCCCCACCCCCCCCCCCCCCCACCCCCCCCCCCCCCCACCCCCCCCCCCCCCCACCCCCCCCCCCCCCCACCCCCCCCCCCCCCCACCCCCCCCCCCCCCCACCCCCCCCCCCCCCCACCCCCCCCCCCCCCCACCCCCCCCCCCCCCCACCCCCCCCCCCCCCCACCCCCCCCCCCCCCCACCCCCCCCCCCCCCCACCCCCCCCCCCCCCCACCCCCCCCCCCCCCCACCCCCCCCCCCCCCCACCCCCCCCCCCCCCCACCCCCCCCCCCCCCCACCCCCCCCCCCCCCCACCCCCCCCCCCCCCCACCCCCCCCCCCCCCCACCCCCCCCCCCCCCCACCCCCCCCCCCCCCCACCCCCCCCCCCCCCCACCCCCCCCCCCCCCCACCCCCCCCCCCCCCCACCCCCCCCCCCCCCCACCCCCCCCCCCCCCCACCCCCCCCCCCCCCCACCCCCCCCCCCCCCCACCCCCCCCCCCCCCCACCCCCCCCCCCCCCCACCCCCCCCCCCCCCCACCCCCCCCCCCCCCCACCCCCCCACCCCCCCCCCCCCCCACCCCCCCCCCCCCCCACCCCCCCCCCCCCCCACCCCCCCCCCCCCCCACCCCCCCCCCCCCCCACCCCCCCCCCCCCCCACCCCCCCCCCCCCCCACCCCCCCCCCCCCCCACCCCCCCCCCCCCCCACCCCCCCCCCCCCCCACCCCCCCCCCCCCCCACCCCCCCCCCCCCCCACCCCCCCCCCCCCCCACCCCCCCCCCCCCCCACCCCCCCCCCCCCCCACCCCCCCCCCCCCCCACCCCCCCCCCCCCCCACCCCCCCCCCCCCCCACCCCCCCCCCCCCCCACCCCCCCCCCCCCCCACCCCCCCCCCCCCCCACCCCCCCCCCCCCCCACCCCCCCCCCCCCCCACCCCCCCCCCCCCCCACCCCCCCCCCCCCCCACCCCCCCCCCCCCCCACCCCCCCCCCCCCCCACCCCCCCCCCCCCCCACCCCCCCCCCCCCCCACCCCCCCCCCCCCCCACCCCCCCGAGUCUGGGAUCUGA